AGGGCCGCCAUGUCGUCAUGCAACAUGAGCAGGAAGCUUAUACAAUAGUGACAGCAUAGAUAGAUCUAUGGUGACAGUGAGUGGAAUGCUGUGGAUUCUGUACUGUAUAUAACAAGACCUUUAUCUGUUUUUUUCACGUCAAAGUAGCCAGCAAGUGGAGACUUUGACUGCUACCGUAUACUCGAGUGAAUAAUGAGCUUAGCAGGCCCAGUGCUGUCUAUUCAACCUGUAGUGUCCCAGCACACCCCACACACCCUCACCCCAAUGGCAACACCUCUGUCAAUAGACCUAGAGAGCUCAUCCAACGAUCUACUCGGUAUACCAGCUAGAAGAGACCGUGCCAAUAGUGAAGGCGAUGUUCAUGCUGCUUCCCAGAUUAUUGCAUUGCCUCCAUCACCACUGGCUAUCUAUGGUGAGUCUUCGCUGAGCAGUUCAAGUUCAACACAGUCCCCAAGUAUUAAUCGUAGUCGAUCAAUGCCCCGAGGAGAGCAGGGUGUCUCUCAGAGUUUGAAUGGAUUUCUCACACCUAAUUCAAAUCGCAGACCCGCACAAUCACAACGAUUCAUGAGAAGAGCCGAGACCAUUGACACACACAACAUACACAGAGAGGAGUUUGAGGAUCACACUCUAUUGAAUCAGUACAAAGUUCUUGACAUCAUUGGCCAUGGUUCUUACGGUAUCGUCAGAAAAGCAAUGAGUAUGGACAAUGAAGAGACCUAUGCAAUGAAGAUUGUGGCCAAAGGAAGACUCAAGAAGAAAGGACAGUUAUGUCGACCACAAAAGAAGAGAGUUGUGAAGAGCCCACUGGACAACAUAAAGAGGGAAACUGCUAUCUUGAAGAAACUUAACCACCCUAACGUGGUACGUCUGUUAGAGGUGUUGGAUGACCCCAGUGAAGAUGAUUUCAUACUAGUAUUCGAGUUCGUUCCUAAAGGGCCUGUGAUCAACAAUCUGCCCAUGCACGAGCUAUUCACAGAGGAACAGGGUCGAAACUACUUUAUUGACAUGAUACUGGGCUUGGAAUAUCUGCACUCCCAGCACGUCAUACACAGAGACAUUAAGCCAAUGAAUCUACUGCUGGAUGACAACUUCAGAGUCAAGAUUGCAGAUUUUGGUGUGUCUGAGGAGAUAGAACGAACAGAGUCGAACUUGUCAAGAUAUGCAGGGACGCCAGCGUUCGUGGCACCCGAGUGCCUUGAUGGAUCUAAAAUGUCGUAUCAAGGUCAACCUGUAGACAUCUGGGCGGCUGGUGUCACUCUCUACUGCUUUAUAUUGGGAAAGGUACCAUGGUCCCCACCAUCCAUUGUCGACCUCCAUGAGCAGAUAAAGACAGAAGAUCCUCCAUUGCCUGACUCUCUACCCGAUGACCUCAAAGACCUGCUACAAAAACUACUGGAGAAGGACCAGAAGAAACGAAUCACCAUUCCCCAGAUCCGGGAACAUCCGUGGAUUCUAAAGAGCACCAGACCAGUUCCUUCACGAGAGGAGAACUGUAAUGUUGAGAUCAGUGUGAGUGAAGAGGAUAUGGAGCAAGCAUUCAAGACUUACAGGACACCCAUUCACAUUUUGGCAAUGAUCAAGCAAAUGGCAAGAAAGAAAUCAUUGCGACACCCCUUCUCCCCCAGAACCACCCCUACCUCUUCACCUGCUACCUCUCCUGGCACAUCACCAAGGCAUAGCCUUGAUGAAGAAAAUGCCACCAAAUCAUCUAUCCCACAUAAAGUCCAGGGCUCUCUUAGAAAACGAGAGAAAUUUGCAAGCACCCACAAUGCCCCUCCGAUUGUAGUGGACAAUGCUGAUGCAGCAAGAUCACAAUAAGAAGUAACUAACACUCCACACUUUUGUGUGUCUCAUCAAGCUUCACGAUGUAUACCUGUUGUUGUGUGCACUAUAUACAUGUACCUGCUGUCCAUGUUUCAGUGAUGCUGUUUCAGUUUGUGCUGUAGUUUCGUGUCAGCAUUGUAAUUUUUAACUCACCUAAAAUGUAGCGAUAAAUGACUUGUAAUAACAUACGUCUCAUUAUUCUC